AUGUCGUUUGAUAUACCGGACGACCCUUUCGGUGCAUAUGUUAAAAAUCUGUUCAUUUUUUUGGAUCCGCCGGAGUGGCUGCAGUUGGGGUGCCGGAGAGUGAGUCCCCAAGCGAACAUCUCCGGUGUGAAUGGGGGAAAUGUGGUAUGCUCUAAAAAAGGCGGCGAUCCGCUAGCCAGAACCUACUGCGAGUGCCUCACGGUUCCAUCAAUGCCAGACACGAUUUAGUUUAGCUUCAUUCCGAUCACUACUCUCCUCAAAGAUGUGUCUGGUAAAGGUUUCUUGUUGCAUGACAUCAACCUUUAUCUUCGAUACACGCCUCCAAUAGCUGAUCUGCAAUAUUUUCUAGUCUUUCAAGCCCACAAACUUUGGGCUCCGGUUCUGAAUGAGCUGGCUCUAGGCCCAGUCUCAAAUAGGACAACUCAGUCCCCUGCAAUCCACGUCUGCUUGAUGAGUCCUCAGCUAUAUGUAAAUGCACACGUUAGGGUUGCAAACAGGCCUGUCAUAGGGAUGCGCUUGUAUCUUGAGGGCAGGAAAGCCAACAGGCUAGCCGUCCACCUCCAACAUCUAUCAAACACACCAUUCAUGUUGCGAAACAAGAUAGAUGACACACCAACAUGGCGACGAUCAGAUGAUAUUGCGGACGACCGCUACUUUGAAGCCAUAAACUGGAAAAAAGUUUCCCAUGUGUGCACCGUACUGGUAAAACACGACCCCAAACAGAUGUCCUCCAAGAAAGAUGCGUCCUUCGUAGUGUGCGGGGUCCAGCUUGUCGUAGAGAAACAUGACACAAAGAAUGUCGUCCAUCUUCGGCUCUUGUUCUCCAAAAUCUCAGAUCAUUUUGUUGUCCAAUCAAAUUGGACUGAACCACCGCCGGAACAUUCCCAAAAGUCGUCGUCAGGCCUCUUUGGUGCCAUAAGUACAUCGAUUUCCGGGAGUAACUGGUAGAGAGAGAAAGUACUGCCCGAUGAUGAUCAAAUGAUUGUGGACUCGAGUGUGUUUCCGACAGGGCCUCCGGUGCCACUGCAGUUGAAGUUUGUGAAGUACGUGGAUAUGUCACAUCUGUAGGGCCCACAAGGCGGUCCAGGGUAUUGGUUUGUCACUGGAGCUAGGCUCAACUUGGUGAAGGGGAAGAUAAGUUUGCAAGUCAAGUUCUCUUCGUUAAACUUAUGUUCACCGUCACCAUCAGUCUCCCUCCGAGAUUUGAUGUAAGUUGUGGAUUUAGAAGCCUAAUUUUUUAAUUCUUUGGUAAAUUAUUGCACACAAGCUAGCUAGCUUAUGUAAUUUUGUCGCUCUAAAAAUGUACA